CUCACUACGCUCAACCACUGUACCCGCCAUGAGCACAAGCUCGAAUUUUGCGAGCACGUUCGCCCCCUACACUCCUCCACCAGACGACCCCGUACAACGUCCGCCCGCACCUGCAUCGGCUUCACGUACUAAAGCACCUCCUCGUCCUUGGUUUCCUACUCAACCUGAAACCUCUUCGUACCAAUCUGGUGGACUACCCACUCUGGGGACUUCUUAUGGAGGUGGAGGUGCUGGUGGCGUUACUAUGGGCGGAUUCGGAAAUCAGCCAGAGGCAGACGGACCAACAAACCAAUGGGAGUCGCGGUUCAACAUGCGUGUCGACGUUCUGGCAGCUUUUGCGUACUUACUGGGGCCAAUCUCUGCGCUCAUUUGUCUCAUACUCGAGACUCAUAAUGACUACGUUCGAUUCCAUGCGUAUCAAUCCGCGCUUUCGACGACACCGCUUGUGUUGCUACGAAUAUUUACCUCACUUGUUCACUUUCCCUCGUUCUUAAACACACUCAUCACAAUAAUACUCGUCGUCUUUAUUCUAUUCAUGGCGUUUCGAGCAUAUGUUGAUGCAGCUCGGAAUAAUCUUACUAGAUAUUACCUGCCAUACGUUGGAUUACUAGCAGACCAGUGGGUCUCGGAGGAAUAGAACUAGGACUUCUUCCACUGCAAUUACUAUGAAGUGUAGCAUUUUAUUUAUCUACUGUUUUAUGACUCUCUGUGAGCCGACUUUUUAUACC